CCAUGCAGCCCCCCUCAGCCUGUGCCUGCAGAGGGUGCAUCCCCUGGCAGGGGAUCCUGCUGGCAGUCUCACUUUUAACCUUCUGGAGCCCGCACCCCACUGCCCAACUCACUAUUCAACCAGUGCCUGUUGAUGCUGCUGAAGGGACAGAUGUUCUUCUACUUGCUCACAACGCAUCAGAGAAUGUUAUAGGCUACACCUGGUACAAAGGGAACAUAACAGACAGCAGACAUCAAAUUGUGUCAUACUCGAUCCUCACACAGACAGUUACCACAGGGACUGCCUUCAGUGAUCGAGAGACUAUAUACCCCAAUGGGUCCCUGCUGUUUGUGAAGGUGACACAGGAGGACACAGGAUUCUACACCCUACAAACCAUAAGAAACGAUUUUAGUAAUGAAGUGGCAACUGGGGAGUUCCGCGUCCAUGAGAAAUUACUCAAACCCUACAUCACAAGCAACAACUCCCAACCUGAGGAGGGUGACAACUCUAUAGCUUUAACGUGUGAACCUGAAACUAAGUACACAACCUACCUGUGGUGGAUAAACAAUCAGAGGAUCCCAGAUGGUGACAGACAGGAGCUGUCGAACAACAACAGGACUCUCAUUUUAUUCAAUGUCACAAGGAAUGACACAGGACCCUAUGUGUGUGAAGCCAGGAACCCAGUGAGUUUCAACCAGAGUGACCCAUUGGCCCUGAAUAUUUUCUAUGGCCCGGAUACCCCCAUCAUAAACCCCACAGACACACAUUUCCGUCCAGGGACAAAUCUCAGCCUCUUCUGCUACGCAGACUCUAACCCACCUGCACAGUACUCUUGGUUUUUCAAUGGGAGUCCCCUGGAAUUCACACAAACGCUCUUAGUCCCCAACAUCUCUACAAAUAAUAGCGGAUCCUAUAUGUGCAUCGCCAAUAACUCUGUCACUGGCCUCAAUAGGACCACAACCAAGAUUAUUACUGUCUCUGAACCAGUGACACGGCCCCAACUCAUAGCUAGCAACACCACAGUGGCAGAACAAGACUCUGUGCAACUGACCUGCAUCUCAAAUGACACGAAAAUCUCCAUCCAGUGGAUCUUCAAGGGCAAGCCCCUGCAACUCACUGAAAGGAUGAACCUGUCCUCAAAUGACAGCAUCCUGACCAUAAACCCAGUCAAGAGGGAGGAUGACGGAGAGUAUCAGUGUGAAGUCUCCAACCCAAUCAAUUCCAACAGGAGCAACACCCUCAGGCUGACUGUGACCUAUGUCCUAGACCCAGAACCUGGCCUCUCCGAUGGGGCCAUUGCUGGCAUCGUGAUUGGCGCCAUAGCUGGAGUGGCUCUGAUAGCCGGCCUGGCAUAUUUCCUGUUUUUCAGGAAGACUGGCGGGGCAAGCGACCAGCACGAUCUCACAGAGCACAAACCCUCAGCCUCCAACCACAGUCGGGGCCCCUCUGACCUCUCUCCUGACAAGGUGGAUGAAGUUGCAUAUUCUUCUCUGAACUUCAAUAUCCAGCAACCAAAGCAACCCACUUCAGCCACGUCCCUGUCCCCAACACACAGAGACAACAUUUAUUCUGAAGUAAAAAAGAAAUAAUGUCACCUGCUCUGCUCGCUGCUGCUGAUGUGCUCCAAGUCUCAGCGCCCUGGCUGGGAGAUCUCUUUACCCUCAGGGAGAAAGGGAAAAAGUCCCCCCCCACUCCCCCCCGUCACCCCAGGAUGGUACCUCCCUUCUGUGUCAACAGAUGAAAAGAACAUCCGGGUGUGUGCAGGCAAACCGCUCUUCCUCAUCAUUGAAAUUUGGCAAAGUGGACUUGGGGAGAGAAUCACAGACCUCCCCAUCCCUCCCAGCUUCCUGACCUAGACUUGUUUUAAAUUUACUUAUCCAGAGUGUUCCCAUUCCUUCCCAGCCCAGUCCUGGCCUAUCAGAUUCUAAAUGUAAUUUUCCAUAACUUUGAGGGUUAUGUCCUUUUCCACUUAAUACUUAUGCCAGAAAGAGAAAGGGAGAAAGUAAAAAAGCAACAGUGGCUUUUCCAUUCUCUCCAAAACCUGACAUGAACCCACCAUCCAUAGGAAAACCAAAUACAUGACCAAUAGUGGACUCCACAGUUUUGUCCACUGUCGGGUCACCUACCUACAGGACCAGGGUCUGAGCUCCUUGCUGCUUAGCUAGAAUACCACCUAAGCCCUUUGGCAGAUCUGUUUCCAGAGAACUCACCAGAAGCAACAGGGAACCUAUCCGCCAAGGUCCAUAUGCAAUUCCUAACGAAAAAUGCAAAAGUCGCACCUAUGCCUUUAAUAUCUGGGAGGGUGUUAUUCAAAGAAGUGCCCAGAAAAGGAGAGAUUACAGCUUUGGGGGGGUGGGGAGGAAACUUUAAAUAGACACAACCUGCUGAGAACUUGGGAAAGGAGCAGAGCACUACCCUUCAUAAAUUAUUUAAAUUAUUAUUAAAUAAUGUGUGAUUGGGGACAUUGGGGUUUGUUUCUCC